AUGGCUCCAUCUAUCGAGUCGUCCCUGGAUACCCAGGGCCUGGCUACCGAACAGCGCAGCCUGCUCGAUUUCAUCGACAAGCUGCAAUAUGCACAGCUGGACAACGUCAAGCUGCCGCAAAUCGUCGUCGUUGGCGACCAGUCUGCGGGGAAGAGCUCCGUCUUGGAGGCCAUCUCUGGCACGCCGUUUCCCAGAGACGCCGGUGCUUGUACGCGCUUCGCUACAGAGAUCCGACUGCGACGAGCAAAGGAGACUUCUCUCAGGGUCUCCAUCAUCCCAGACAGGAGUCGGCCCCUCAACGACCAGGCUCGGCUCGCGCAAUAUGGAGGCAACAUCACUGGAGACGUUCCUUUUGAGACGAUGAUGCGAGACGCUACGAACCUCAUUGCUCCUCGCGACAUUCCUGGCCGCUUUGCUGCCCGGGACAUUCACGUCAUUGACAAGAGCGGCCCUGACAUGCCCCUUUUGACUCUGGUCGAUUUGCCUGGUCUGGUGCGCAUUGCCAACAGAGACCAGUCUGAGGCUGAUAUCCAGACCAUCGAGGCCCUUUCCGACCGAUACAUGAAGAGUUCCCGCACCAUCAUCCUCGCCGUCAUCGGCGGAAAUACCGACUAUGUCCAGGCACCCAUCUUGAAGAAGGCAAGGCAGUUUGACCCCAAGGGCUCGCGAACAAUCGGCGUCCUGACCAAGCCCGACAUGACGGAGCAAAUCGGUCUCGAGGAAAAAUUUAUCGAACUCGUCAUGAACAAGGAUCGCCAAAAUCACUUCAACCUGGGGUGGUACGUUCUUCUCAACCCGGGCCCAACCGAGCAGUGGCUGAGCCCGCCAGACCGCGCCCGCAAGGAAGCAGACUUUUUCACCAGAGGCCGUUGGUCUUCUUUGCCUCCUCAUAUGUGGGGAGUCGCGUCUCUGCGGCAGAAGUUGAGCACCCAGCUGCAGAGACACAUUGGAAAGCAUGUGCAGUCCCUACGAAGGCAGAUCCAAGAGGCCCUCGAGCGGUGUGAUGCCGAACUUAAGACCUUGGGCAAUGCCAAAGACACCAUCGAAGAGAUGCGGUUCGAAAUGGGUGAACUAUUCUCAGCCUCCAACAACCUCGUUACGCCCGCCGUCAACGGCAACUACAAGAAUCCCUUUGGGGAGAAAUUCUUUGCCCGGCAGUCCAGUCCCAAGGGUACACCUGCGCACAAACUCCGCGCUCGCGCUCGCGAGGAAAGCGAGCGCUUUUCACGCCUAUUUCGCCAGCAAGGCAGGCAUCUCAACUUUGCCGAUGCCGCCACCAGCACUACCACUAUCGAUGGACAGCAUGUUUCCCCCCCUGCUGUUGCCGGUAUAUCCAAGAAGGACUUUGCGCAGAUGGAGGUUGAGCCCCUUCUCUGCCAAGUUCGCGGUAACGAGCUCCCGCUGGACUCGAACCCACGCGCGCCAUACAUUCUCUUCCAAGACUACUCGCGAAAGUGGCCCUCUUUGGCUCGGGAAUACAAGGACAACCUCGGCGUCAUCUGCAACGAGUUCCUCGCCGAAGUCAUUGACCACGUGUGGCCCAUCCGAAUGCGUGAUCCGCUACGAUAUCACUUCCUCGAAGUCAAAAUGAAGGAUCUCAUGGAAGAGGCAGAGAAGGAACUUGCAAGACUGACAGACGAUAUGGAGCUCGAGGUGCAGCCCUACGACCCGGAGUACGAGGACCGUCUGCGCAAGUGGCGUGCAGAAGCGACUGAGAAUGGCGGCACGUACACGGAGGCCGAGGAGGUCCUUGAAAAGAUGCUCAUAUACUACGACCUGACAGGGAGAAUCUUUACCAGAAAUGUCAUCACCCAAGUCGCAGAACGACAUUUGCUCCUGGGUAUGCUGCGACUCUUCAAUCCCAUCGAGAUCCUGCAGAUGCCCGACUCGACGAUUGAGAGCAUUGCGGCCGAGACCAAGGAGACGAGAGAGCGGCGGACGAAACUCAAGGCCCAAAAGAAGAGCAUCGAGGAGGCGAGGAGCAUGUGCGCUGGCCUGGCAAUGAGGAGCGACUUGAGAACAUACGAAGACGAGACGGAAGUGGCAAGUGACGAUGAGCAUCCGCCCAAGAGACAGCCUUCUAGCCAGGCAUCAUAUUACCAACAAGCCCAGCCGAGGCAGCUCCAGGAGCAACGCCGCUCCGUGUACGAAGAUGGCCCGAGACAAAGCCUCAUGCCUGACGCUCGUCCACGCCCCGCUGCUGCCCCAGAAUCCCACCACGAUGUGAACCGGACCAUGGGUCAUCAGUCUGGACAGAGCUGGGACCAGCAGCACUACGGCAUCUCGCGCGACCAGGCCCCAGUUCAUGCACCGCCUCCGCCUCCCCGGCCUCAGAAGCUAGGCGUGGAGGAUGCCGGUCAAUAUUACGAUGCAAGAGACGAGGCGGCACGGAGGGACAAGUUUGCUAGUACGGCGAGAAGAGGAGUUCCGUCAAGGGCCUGA